AGAACCCUGUGCGUGUGGGAGGAGGGUGUGAGUGAAUCGGUGAGACUGAGAGCGAGAAAAUGCAGGCCGUUCGAGCUGGUAUCCGAGCUCUUGGAUCAUCAUCAUCAUUAGCGCCAAUGAUCAAAGGAGCUAGGGUUUUCUCCCAAUCAGCACCGUUGGCGUAUUCUCCUUCGGCUUUCCUGGAAAAGCAGGAAGUCACUUUCCGUGUUCUCGAUCUUCUCAGAUCCACUCCUUUCAUCGAUCCCGCCAAGGUGACUCAAACAGCAAGUUUUAAGGAUGACCUGCAACUGGAUAUAUUGGACAAUAAUCAAGUUAUAAUAGCUGCGGAAGAAGAAUUUGCAGUUGAUAUCCCGGAAAAUGAAGCCAACAAGAUUUCAACCACAGCUCAUCUCAUUGACUACCUUACAGCCCAUCCACAAGCCAAAUGAGAUUCUCUUUAGUUGCCAGGUGAAAUCACAAAUGUCUUUAUGUUAACACUUGACUAUCAAUGAGGUGUCCAUCGAUAGUUUGUAAUCAUUUUCCUUUGGUAAUUAAAGACGUGUUUGCCACA